AUGACGCUCGACGUUCAAGACGCAUCGACAUCGUCGGGCUCCUUCGUCGUCCUCCACAUCGGCAACACCAUGUCCAACAACGCGGCGAGUUCAUUCCGCUCCCAGCUCUCCGGUUUCCGAUGGGCCAACUCGGUUCAGGACGACUCGGCGACGACGGCGCCCGCAUCCCAGGGCAACGUCUUCAGCCGUAGCUGGAACAGCGUCAGCGGUUACAUUCCUCUCCGAAACGAGGGAGCAAGCCGAGAAGAGGAAGCGUACUUUGCUCUUUCAUUUGCUCUUGCGUUUACGCUUGGCUCAUGUCUGUUCAUGCUCGGCUUCGCGAUCCUCCACGGCCCCAUGGCUCCACAUUAUCUCGAAGGAGCGUUUGCCGUUCUCGAUAGCGUACUUCGGUUCGCUCGCCCUGACGCUCUUCUUCGCCAUCGGCGUGCGCUCGACGAUUGGCACCCUCGUCGCUGCCAUCGUCCAGGUCGCCGCGCUGCUCACGUACCUCGCCGCCUACCUUCCGGGAGGUGUCGUGACGCUCCGCAUGGGCUCACAGAUGCUCCUGCGCGGAGCCGGAAACGUGCUGCCCGUGUAGUUGAUGCCUGUCGAGUUACUCACCAUGUCAACAACAAAACCUACCGUCCCAUCAAAGGUGGUACAUACGUGAGCUUCUAUUUAUACGCGAUAGCUGACGACAGCCUCUCUCACGAAGCAGGCGUCAAUGUCAUUGCCUACAACCACGGAUCAAAGUACCUCCUUUCCGGCAGUAGCGACCGCACGAUCCGGCUAUGGAACCCGGCAACAGGGAAGGAAGUCAAGGUGUACCGAGGGCAAGCGCAUGAGAUCUUGGCCCUAGAUGUUGCCUCGGACAACGCCAAGUUUGCAUCAUGCGGCGGCGAUCGCGCAGUCUUUUUGUGGGACGUAGCUUCUGGACAAACAAUACGAAGGCUGCAGGGACACUUUGGCAAGCUGCACGCUGUCGCGUUCAGCAACGACGCCAGUCUUUUGGCGAGCGGCGGUUUCGACGCCAAGAUCAUGCUGUGGGAUAUGCGCGCAUCGACACGAGAUCCACUGCAGACGCUCAAGGAUGCGACUUCGAGCAUCACAUCGCUGAGCAUCCCGCCAGACUCCGUCCAGAUUAUUGCCGGAAGUAUGGACGGCCACGUUCGCGCGUACGAUAUCCGCAUGGGUCAGAUGACUGAGGACCUUGUUGGCUUAACAGCCGUGGUACCGUCACCUUCCUCACCAAAGGACACUCUUCUCGUUGCGUCACAGGACGGCAAGCUGCGCCUCUUCGAUCGGUCAAACGGAAGUACAUUCUCUGGUCACGCCGUUGGGCAAGGAAGGAGCCGACCAGCGUUCAAUCGUGGCGAGUCGGCGGUUCUGGCAGGCGGUGAAGACGGCAAGCUCUGGGCGUGGAACGUGCUUGAUGCGAAGCCGCUGGCUGGCUUCCCGCAAUCACCACACCGGAAAGCGAUCACGAGCGUCCUCUGUAAUCCGAAUGGGAAGGAGAUGGUUACUGCGUCGCUUGAUCUGGAGUAG